AUGGAUUCCAUUUUUGCUACGAUUGGAUCCUACAUUGAGUGGGACGUAAAAAGCCUUCUGCUGUUUGUGGUAGUUUUUAUCAUCACUGCAGAUUAUAUUAAAAAUCGUCGCCCAGUUGGUUUUCCUCCAGGACCUCGAGCUUUUCCAAUCGUGGGCAACAUAUUCACUCUGGACCAAAACAGGGCCCAUGAGAGCCUGAUGCAGUUGGCAAAGAAACAUGGGAAUGUAUACAGCAUACGGUUUGGUCAGAGACAGGCCGUAGUUUUAAAUGGGUUUGAAGCUGUGAAGGAAGGUCUGGCUACAAAAGGAGACAGCACAGUUGACCGUCCAGAUUUCCCUAUACAGGAGGAGGUUGGAAACGGGCUAGGUGUGAUUUUCAGUAAUGGCAACAUCUGGAAACAGCAGAGACGUUUUGCACUUUCAACCUUAAAGUAUUUUGGUUUUGGGAAAAAAUCACUUGAACCUGUCAUCCUGGAUGAAUUCACAUAUUGUGCAGAGGAAAUUAGAGCCUAUAAAGCAAAACCAUUCAAUCCAUAUCUUGUCAUCAAUAACACUGUUGCCAACAUCAUCUGCCAGCUGGUGUUUGGUCAUCGCUUCGAUUAUGGUGAUGAGAAAUUCACAAAAAUGACGCUGCUGUUUGACCAAGUCCUCCAGAUUGAAGUCUCCGUCUGGGUACAGCUCUACAACUCAUUCCCUCUGCUGAUGAGGUGUCUGCCAGGUCCACAUCAAACGUUCAAACGUCUCUGGAACGAUGUGAAGAACUUCAUACGAGAAGAGAUGAAUGAGCACAAAAAGACGUGGGAUCCCUCAGAUCCAAGGGACUACAUUGACUGCUACCUGAACGAGAUUCAGAUGAAUCAGGGUCAGGACGACAACACUUUUGAUGAGGAAAACUUGAUUAUGUGUGUUCUGGAUUUGUUUGUGGCCGGUUCAGAAACCACAUCCACUACCCUACGUUGGGCUUUUCUCUACAUGGCAAAAUAUCCAGAGAUCCAAGAGAAAGUUCAAGCUGAGAUAGAUAGAGUGAUUGGACAGUCCAGGCAGCCAUGCAUGGAGGAUCGUGCAAAUCUGCCCUACACCGAUGCUGUGAUCCACGAGAUCCAAAGGAUGGCCAACAUAGCUCCUCUCAGUUUACCACAUGCCACCAACAAAGAAGUCCAGCUGGGAGGUUACACCAUCCCAAAGGGAGUACUGAUAAUUCCUAAUCUAGCUUCAGUGUUGUUUGACGAGACUGAGUGGGAGACACCUUUCACCUUCAAUCCAGGACACUUUCUCAAUAAAGAGGGCAAGUUUGUGAAACCAGCAGCGUUCAUUCCUUUUUCUGCAGGAAAGCGUCUGUGCCUUGGAGAGAACCUGGCUCGAAUGGAACUGUUCCUCUUCUUCGUCUCCUUCAUGCAGCACUUUUCUUUCUCUAUGCCCGCUGGAGCACAAGUUGUCAUGGAUUACCGUUUUGGAGUCACUCUAGCACCAAAACCAUACGACAUCUGCAUAACUUCACGACAAGAUCACAUCUGAUUUGACUCAUUUACAAUGCUCACGAUAGAAGCAACACCAGAUUUGAUUUCGACCAGCUUAACUGUUUUUUUUCCCAUUAAUUAUUAAAAUUAAAUGUGAAGAGCCGGGCAAUUGAG